AUGCUUCGUCGUCAACCAGUCGAGUCUCUCCAACCCCAUCUCCUCUUCAACUCCUCAAACCCUCACACCGCAACUCACAGGCUCAACCAAGAAACCAACCACUUUGCAUCGAGAGGAUCGUUGCCAGUUCUUCCGUCUCUUGCUCUUGCAUUGAGCGGUCCAUCUUCGAUUACCGCGGAGGUCGUGUCACCGAUGGCUUCACCAAAGACGUGGAGGUCUAUGUUCUGCUGCGUCGGAGGAGCAGGGGCGGGGGCUGCCGCCGAUGCCGACGACGAAGGGCCGUCGCCGUCUUCCACGCCGAGGAGGAGAAGAGGGGACAGAAGGGCGCUGCUGCCGUCGUCGUCCGCGUCGACGGCGUCCAGGGUCUCCCUGUCCAGCCUGGGGUCGACGGGCACGCUGACGCCGGAGGACCUCUCGCUGACGCUGUCGGGUUCCAACCUGCACGCCUUCACCUACGCCGAGCUCAGGGCGGCCACCGCCGGCUUCUCCCGCUCCAGGUACCUCGGCUGCGGCGGCUUCGGGCCCGUGUAUAAGGGCCAGCUCGCCGCCGAGCUCCGGCCGGGCCUGGAGGCGCAGACGGUCGCCGUCAAGUACCUUGACCUCGACUCCAGCUCGCAGGGCCAUAACGAGUGGCUGGCGGAGGUGUUCUUCCUUGGGCAACUGAGGCACAAGAACCUGGUGAAGCUCGUCGGGUACUGCUACGAGGAGGAGCACCGCAUGCUGGCGUACGAGUUCAUGGGGACCGGCAGCCUGGAGAAGCACCUGUUCAGAAGCAUCGACGGCCCCAUGCCGUGGAUGACGAGGAUGAAGAUCGCCGUCGGCGCCGCCAAGGGCCUCGCCUUCCUCCACGGCGCCGACACGCCGGUCAUCUUCCGCGACCUCAAGGCGUCCAACAUCUUGCUCGACUCGGACUAUACCGCCAAGCUGUCAGACUUCGGCCUCGCCAAGGACGGGCCCAACGGCGACGCCACCCAUGUCACGACACGUAUCAUGGGGACACAUGGAUAUGCCGCACCAGAGUACAUCAUGACGGGGCACCUGACCGCCAAGAGCGACGUCUAUAGCUUCGGCGUGGUGCUCCUCGAGCUAUUAUCGGGUCGGCGGUCCAUUGACCGUGCUCGACGUUUCAGGGAGCAAAGCUUGGUCGACUAUGCCAGGCCAUACCUCAAGAAGCAGGACAAGCUGCACCGGGUCAUGGAUCCGGCUUUGGAAUGCCAGUACUCGUGCCAGGGGGCCGAACUGGCCGCACGAGUGGCGUACAAAUGCUUGAGCCAAAACUCAAAGUUGAGGCCCACCAUGAAAGAGGUCGUUCAGGCCCUAGAGCCCAUACUCAAGAUGGACGACUACCUACAAGUGGGUCCAUUCGUGUUCACAGUCGUAGUGGAAAAUACCGAGAAAAACGUUGGGAGCAAAGGAAAGCUUAUUGGUGACGAGUGGAAGGCUGACAUGAAGGUUGAGAAGAUUGUAGAGGACAAGCAGCAGAGCCACCAAGAUCGGCACCGGCAAAAGUUCCCAAACUCAACGAUACACGCCGACAUUUUGCUGCAACGGGAUGGUGCCAUCGGGCCUUAUACCACCGCGCUACAACGUCACCGAAGAGCAUCAAGUUACACCGAGGAAAGGGGUGCAUAG